AUGUAUCUAUCACGUUCACUCACUUAUCUAUCUGAUUGCUCACUCAAAAGCUCACUGUCUUCUUUUACUCACGCACUAAAUUUUAAUCACACAUUAUAUCUUUUUAUCACUCACUCACACUAUCUAUCAAUCGUUUUCAUUCACUUUACUCGUUAUCUAUCAAUUCAUCUUUCGAUCUCUCUUCAAUCUAUUUUUACUCACUAUUUUUCAUUCAGUCAAUCGAUCUCUCACUCAAUCUAUCUUUCUCUCACUCACUAUUUUUCAUUCACUAUCUUUCACUCACUCAAUCUAUCUUUAAUUCACUAUCUAUCUUUCACUCACUCACUCUAUCUUUCAUUCACUAUCUAUCUUUCACUCACAAACUAUCUUUCACUCACAGUCUAUCUAUAUAUUUAUCUAUUGUUUUCUCAAUCACCCACUGUCUUUUUUCACCGCUCACUCAACCUAUGUCUUUUCACUUACUCGCUCAAUAUAUCUAUCAGGUUUUCUCGCACAAUUAAUCUAUAUGUUUAUAUCACUCACUCACUCGCAUACUCACUCUGUCUAUCUAUUUAUGUAAAGUAUUUGUUCUUCGCACUCACUUACUCAAUCAAAAUAUCUCUCUCUUUAUCUAUCUAUCAGACUGUCUGUCUGUCUAUCACUCUGUAUCUCUGUCAUUUUAUCUAUCUAUCUACCUACCUAUCUAUCAGCCUGAUUGUCUCUCUAUCUAUUUAUUAUCUAGCCAGUAUUAUCUCCCCACACAAGACCUAG